UCUGGCUGACUGGCAGAACUGAGACGACCGGGAGUCGGGCAUUUCCAUCAGGCUCCCCCUUCAUGGCGGCCCGCCGGCUCCGGGAAAUCUUGCAACUGGGAGCGCGAGGAGGGCUGCGACCGAGAGCGCCCCCGACUGGCUGUUCUAGGUACAUGCCGUCCUGUGGGAUUCUGAUGAUCCGAGCCCCCUGUGCCAUCAACAGUCUCGACUGGGAUCUUAGUGUUCAGCACAGCCGGACAUUUAUCAACUUUACAGCGCCUUUCACCAAUAAACGGAAGGAAUAUUCGGAGCGGAGGAUCAUUGGUUACUCCAUGCAGGAGAUGUACAGCGUUGUAUCCAAUGUGGACGAAUACAAGGAAUUUGUGCCCUGGUGCAAGAAAUCAGUGGUGGUCUCCAAGCGCACAGGCCAUGUGAAGGCCCAGCUGGAAGUUGGAUUCCCUCCAGUUGUGGAGCGUUACACAUCCAUUGUGACGCUGGUGCGGCCUCAUCUAGUGAAGGCUGUCUGCACGGAUGGGAAGCUCUUCAACCACCUGGAGACCAGCUGGCGCUUCAGCCCCGGCAUCCCAGGCUACCCUCGCACGUGCACGGUGGACUUCUCGAUUUCUUUCGAGUUCCGCUCCCUGAUCCACUCACAGCUGGCCACGGUUUUCUUCGACGAGGUGGUCAAGCAGAUGGUGGCGGCCUUUGAGCGCCGGGCAUCCAAGAACUACGGUCCCGAGACCCGCAUUCCCCGCGAGCUCAUGUUCCAUGAGAUCCACCAGACGUGAAGGCCGCCCCGCUGCUCCAGUGGCCCCGCGGACACUCUGGGCCGGGGGGUGCCGAGCUCUUGUGGCUCCCCCGGCCUCUCUUGUUUUUCUCUAUUUAUUUGGUUUCUCCUGGUAUCCUGUCUAAUUUAUCCACUGGGCCUGGUGUGAUGAACGAGACUUAGGGCCAGGCUGCCGUGUGACCUCCGGAGCAACUUCUCCACGUUCUCUUGCCUGGACGGGCUCUUAUGCUGGGUCAUUCGUUCAUACAUACCUACAUAUAUUUUGUAGCACAUGUUAUUUGAAGCUCCCCCCCCACUCCUUCUUUUCAACCCCCUGCCCCUCCAUCCCAUUCCCCACCAAUCAUAUAUCCCAGUGUGGCUGCCUUAGGCUGUGCCAACCCCUGUUCGUUGCGGGGGAGAGGUGGCAGAAGCUUGCGCAUGUGUCAUCAAGUUCUCCUUCUGUGCUGAGUGACUGAGCCUGUUGGAAACUGUGCCUCUUAAAUCAUGUGUGUAAAAAAAACAAAAAAGCCAGCCUGACUGGGGCUGCUUCCUGGUAAUAGAAAGGAUUGCAGGGAGAAGGCUGUACCUGUUUCCCGAUACUUCUCCCUAGUGGUUGGGUUUGCAGGACCCCUGCUCUGGAGGGAGGAUUUGGAGCCCCGUCAAGGGAGGGCGGAUGUAGCAGGAGGGAGGCAAGCAGUCUAGCAGAGCCGAGUGGCUGGUCUCUGUUAUGGAGGAGGGUGGAGGGGAGAGAGGCUGUUGCUGCCCUGAGGCUCUGUUAAGCGGCCGUCAGGCCUUCUGCGCUCUUGCAUCCGUCUUGGCCUCGUCUUUCUCACCCAACUGAUACCGUAUGCUUUGUUUGUAGUUAAGCUGUGGGGGGAAGUGGCACCCAGUCCGCUGACCCCGUGGAUGCCAAAUUUGGGCUGGUAGCUGAGUGCAACUGAGUUCUGAGAUUUGAAGGAGAGAUGUGCCAAACGUAAGGCGAAGGAAGGCAUGGCUCAGGGAGCUUGGACAGUUUUUAAAAUGGGAUACUAGAAGCCCCCAAGUGGGUGCAUUUUGGGGAGGGGAACAACCACUCCCUGUUGGAAUGCCACCGGAGCCUUCUAUAAAGUCUGGGUUGCCAGAGCUCCUGGAUGUCGGAUACUCUGGAAUGUCACUCCUCUCUCAGAACCACAGCAUUUGGUGUCUUGUGCUCUCUAGGGACGUGCGGUGACCGAGGCAUCUAUGGGAGGUGGCGAGACGGUGGAACCGUUGUGUGAGCUAGCAGGUGCCUUCAUUUCCCUCCAGCCCCAUAGUUGCUUGCUGCUCUGUAUUAAGGGUCUCUAGGGAAACGGCAUGAACAGGCCAGGGGCUGCAGCUUUGGGGGACGAGGUUCCCACCUCCCCAGAAUGGUGGCUCCUCUCCCACUGGAUCUGGAUCUUUCCAUACCAGGAGAGAUCGGCCUUGUGUAGUUCGCGCAAGAUGAAAUACCCGCAGUGGGCUACGAGAGAGGAGUAAGUGCCCCGCCGUCUCCGACGCAGCCGGCAGGAGGGAAGGGACAUAAUUGGUAUCCACAGAUCCCGGCUACAGUUCUGAAUCUUGCCAAGCUCCAUUGCUUGGCCAGUUUUGAAAGCCGGGUGCUGCAGUCACCCUGUCUGCCCAGCCGCUGUUCCAGAAACCACCUCCUGUAUCCAUUACCUCGUCAGCCUCUCCAAAUCCCCCCACCCUUUUCUGAGAUCCAUUUGUGCUGCCGGUUUUGCUGUAACCCCGAUACCUUCUCCCUGUUUUGCAAAGGAGUGUUACUUCCAUUAGAUGCACAUUUUGCACAAACCGUGUGUGCACCUGAUUGCCAGGGGUGGGGGAGGAUGGUGCUGGCUCAGCCAGGGGCCCAGGGAGGGGCUGAGUCAGCACCCCCCCCCAUGUCCCACUCGCCGUAUCAAGGGCUGUUCCGUGCCAUGUGGGCUUUGGGCAUUCUGGGCACCAGGCUGUAUGUUCUGGGUUCGUGUGUGUGUGUGUGUGCGUGUGUGUGUGCGUGCACGCGCAUGCCUUCAUGGAGAUGUAACAUUGGACGAGUGUGGGAGCGAGAGUGAUCACAUUGUAUGUUGUUUCCAUAGCUUCCCAUUGACCAUGGCUUUGUGAGGCUCUGGGCUCCGUAUGCAGGGAAUUGGGAGGAGGGCUGGGGGAUAUUUUAUUUUUAAUGGAUGCGUAGGGUAUUAAUGUAACUAAUAAAGAAUGAAUAAAUGUUGGGUCGGGGAAACUAACGCAGACGGCUAAACGUUGGGCCCUGCUUUUCUAUGCCCCUGUUCAGCAAUCUGGCCAUCUUCCUUGCUGUGCUGCAAUGCCUCUACUUUGUGCAGUUGGGGACAGGAGGGAGGGAGAGGUUCUCCGGCAAAUGGUCCAACCAGGGCUUGUCUUGCAGAUAAACCUCUUCUUCUCUGAGCUUUCCCCUUCAAGAAGUGGGGGUGGUUAUGGGUUAUGGGUCACAGAUCAGAGCCUGCCAUGCUUGGGCAGCGGGUGGCAAGCAGCCACUGUGGCAAGCGGGCACAGGGAAAACGCUCCUCCGACAGUCCUGUGUCAUGGAUACCUGAGUUGUUGAUGCAGCUGGGUUUUUCCCCCCAAGGCUGCCUGCUUUUUUUCCACGGUACAAUGGAUGAGGCUUCCUUUGGUUUGCCACCAGGCAAGGUCCCACGCUUAGCUUUCUGGGGAUGUCUGCUAUUUCUGAAUCUGCGGAGAGGCUAGCGUGGACACGACUCCAGGAACAACCGCCCACCUGCCGUGCCGUAUACCGAUUUAGCAACCUGGCUUUGAGGCAGCUCCUCCAAGUCUUAUUCCACCACCUAGGUUUUGAAUGACAGCUGUCUCAGGGCAGAGUUGGGUUGUAGUCAUCUGGAAUUGGCAUUGCAUGAUAAUAGGUGUCUUUUGUGGAGAUGUUUCCACAGCCUUCCCCCCUCCACCCACCAAAAAACUCUUACCUUUCAUAUUUAACGGUCCUCUCCUUUUCCCCUGCUUCCGAAAUGUGCUGAUUGAAGGAGUCUUGGUUCGUUUGGGGCCAUUUGAAACUAUUUACUUGCUCUUUAUCCCAGUUUCUGCUGUUCCCCUGUAUGCACGACAAACAGGCUUUGCUAUGGAGUGUGCACACUCAUAACCCUCCAGGGAAGGAAAGGCUUGCAUUUUUAAGGCCAGUGUUUCCCAGAAUGCUUGUCUGAUCAAGUAACUGCUCACUUCCUCUUUAAAGAGGCAUAAAUGUUUGUGAAGAAGCCAUCCCAAGGGGUCCCAGAUACCCGGGAAAAAGCCCUGGAUGAAGAUAAGCUUCUCUCGAGCAUUCUGUGAAUGAAAAACUGUAGCGUUAGGAUGGCAGCUUCCUGCUUAGUUCCCCUUGUUAGCUAGGGUGACCAUAUGGGAAGGAGGACACGGGGCUCCUGAAUCUUUAACGGCUGUAUAGAAAAGGGCAUUUCAGCAGGUGUCAUUUGGAUGCAUGCAGCGCCUGGUGAAAUUCCCUCUUCAUCACAACAGUUAAAGCUGCAGGAGCCCUGCUCUCUGUUGUAUCUGGUCAAGAAGGCAGGGCUCCAUAUGGUCACCCUAUUGAUAUCUGACAUGCAUGCAUUGAGGUGCAAUUGGGAUGGCCCCAAAUGUGAAGUCUUUUGGUCCGUAUGUGUGGCAACAGGUCCUUGAAUCUCAAUCCCGUGAUGUGUCUAGCACAGCAACUGAAGCAAUGCAGGAAAAGCAGAUCCCUCAAUGCUUUAAAGAUAACCUAGUUUGAACCCAUAUGUUUUAUCUGAGGCUCAGUUAUGUUGAAAGGAGAAUUUGGGGGUCACGUUGCCAUGUCUGAGCAGCCUUCUACCAUAAAGGGUGGCUAGAAGCAUAAGUGGAUCAAGCAUUUUAAAGCAAUUGGUACAUUCAAGCAUGGCCUUUCCCAACUGGGCACCUCCAGAAAUGUUGGACUGCAACUCCCAUGACUUCCUCCAUGCUGGCCGAGAAUCAUGGGAGUUGUAGUCCAGCGCAUCUGGAGGUGCCCAGGUUGGGGAAGACUACUGAAGGAUAUUACAGGAAUAAUCCAAGCAGAUACCACUUCUUCCACGGUCUGGCAAUCUUACUAUAAAGUCACGGAUUUUCACCUUUCUAACAAAGGCUGCAAUCCUUCUCGUGCUUAUUUCUGGAGCUAGACCCAUUGAACUUGGUGGGAUCUACUCCUGUGUAAACACGUAGCAUUGCAUUUAUUUAGACUUAAUUGCCUGGCUGUUUCAGAGUCUGGGUAUUGAAAGAGAAGGCUGGUUAUUUGUAAGCUAGUUUUUGAGUACAAUUAGCUUGUUCUUCCUUGGUGUAAGGUGAUAUACCAACGUGCUAUUUCAGAGGAGUAUAGAAAAUAUAGGCAGAAUGCGGUAUUUGGUGCAGAAUUCUGCAGAAUCGCAUCUUUUCUCUUUAAAAAAAAUGCAAGUUCCUAGUUCUUAUGGGCUAGAACAAAAUAUUUAGACCUGUAAGCAAUACCUAAAGAAAACUCAGAAACCAGAGAAGUGGCUGAAUUAGAUCUUCAUUGUGCUCUGCAGUUUUUUAAAAGGCAUUUUUCCCAAUUUGCAUAACUUAUACAGACCAUAGGACUUCGUUUUUAUUUAUUUUGUGCCUACUUUGGCAUGACUUUUUUUAAAAAAUUUUUAUGGACCAUAUACAAACAGCUGCUUCCCAGCCGGGCACUACUCUGCAAAGUUGGUUUCUUUUGUGGAUGUGCAACCUGCAUCUCUGUUUUGACAGUAGAUUCUUGAGAACAACGCUGUGCGUUCAGAGAAUACAGAACUUAUAGUAGGCUCUUUGCAGGCAGAUUUCUGUCCCAAAAGAGUGUUCUUCAAAGCUGGUCUUGUUAGCAAACAAUUUAUUUAGCACUUCCUUGAUCCCUGAGUUUUCUCACGGUGGUUGAGCUCUCCUUCACAGCCAUGACUAGAAACUUGCUUUUUUUUAAAAUGAAAAAAAUGAAAUGCAAGUUGCUCAUUGCAAUUCUGGUGACUCCCACCUAAAGGUGAAAGGGAGCAACCUUAUAAUUAUUAAUUUGCUAAGCAGGGACCAAAUUUAGAUAUUCUUAACCAAGACAUAGCAAGUUAUUUCUGGCUCUUGAAAGAUCAGCUAAUCUAGCAAUAUAUUAGUCUGUUCUCUUCAAGCACCAGGAGACAGGCUAGUAGCUCUGCUAUUACCUGGAAUCAUUGCACACCUGAUCCUUGCGUCAUGGCUAGCAUUUUCUGUCGUCCUACCCUAUUACUCCCUGUUAAAUGGACAGAGAGAAGUAGCACCAAACUAGAGUGUGCUGUCAUGAGUCCCGCUGAAAACUGGGAUGCAAAGUUCGGCCUGACCUAACUUCGGUUGUGGUCGGAACAAAACUAAGUUAAUGUGUCAGGGUUAGGUGUUUGUUUAAACUUUCCCCCGUGAUUUCAGGCUUCCUGCCAAUCCUUGCUCAGCCUCAAGUACUGACAAGAUAUUUUGCCUUAGUGCAGCCGUCCCCAAUCUAGUGCCCUUCAGAUGUCUUGGGACUACAACUCCCAGCAUCCCCUGGCUAGCAUAGCUGGGAGUUGUAGUUCUAACACAUCAGGAGGGCGCUAGGUAAGGGUGCCCUAGUGGAACUCAUGCUGGCCCUUUAGAACUCUCUCUGUUGCCCAAAACCAUCAAUGCAUUACUUGUGGUUUGCUUGUAUGAGUACCUUCCUUUAAAAAUGGUUCUUAGUGUCUCUCUCCUCCCUCAUCCAAGGACCCUGGAGUUCUCAGCUUCCCAGGUUGCUCUGUGUUCGACAACUGAACCUGCUGCUCUCCAUGGGCAAAGCAGAUCUAUGAUCAAUGUUGCAGUGCCUUCUGCUUUUACCUGUGUAGAUCUUCAUACCGGCUCCAGCGGCCUCAUAUGCUCCUUAGCCUGGUAUGUGCUACCUCAGCUUGUAAGAAAGGGGAUGUUUUCCAGAGGAAAAUUAAGGGGAAGAGUAGAUGAAAUCAUGCACAGUAGGAGAAAAUAAUUAUUUUGCCCUACCCUUUAACUGUGAAUCUUAUUUGAUAAUUGCAAAAUCUGAGAAUGUUCAAAGACAGAACCAAUCCCCAGAGCCUUUUUAUAGACCA